AUGUUAACCCAGUGGAUUUUCCUGGUCCCCAGCUUUAUUCUGAUAUCUGCCGAAUCGAUUCCAGAGCGGAUUUUUGAAGGUCACUUGGUGCCCAUUUCUGAGAUUCCCUGGCAGGCUUCCCUUCACAGAAAUGGGAAGCAUACUUGCGACGCUGUUAUCUACAAUGAUCGGAUUGUUAUUACGGCAGCUCAUUGCAUUCCCACAAAUAAUAAUACUGAAAUAACUAUCCGAGUUGGCUCAUCCAUGAGUAACUCCGGUGGUCAGGUGGUUAAUGCGUCAAAAAUCGAAAUACACGAGGGAUUUGGACAGAGUUUGUCCAACGACAUAGCCGUAAUCCGACUUCAGUCCCAUCUCCAAAUGGGUGUCAAUGUUAAAUCCAUCCCACUGGCUAAUAGUUCUCCAAAACCUGAAUCCUCUGCCUCGGUUUCUGGAUGGGGACCUGUGGGAUGCCAACAGUCAGAGUCUAACUCUCUGCUGAAGGCCAAAGUGAACAUUGUGGAUCUGGAUAGCUGUCAGAAGAUCUAUGGCCAAGGUAUUACAAAAAACCUAAUAUGUGCUGCGCCUUUGGAAAAAGGUUUCUGUUCAGGGGGUUCUGGAGGACCUCUGGUAUCGAAUGGAAAACUUGUUGGCAUCGUUUCUUUUGGAAAAGGUUGUGCUCAUCCAGAAUAUCCUGGAAUUUAUAUUGAUGUGGCUCAGCUGAAAUCCUGGAUAUUGAAGGCUACUCAAAAGGUUUUAUGUCCAUGUUCAAUAAGAGUAUAA